GGUGUGCUAGGAAGAGGCUUGUCUAUUUCCCUUUAUUCAUCAAGUUUCCUCUAACUGUUAAGUCACUCUGAUCUGUGAGUUCCAGGCUCUUACAGUUGGACACACCUUGCCAGUGCCUCAGAAAGAUUCCAUGAUUGUCUUAAUGGAAAAUAUUGGGAAUGACACUGAUUGGUGGGAGUUGAUGGACGAGUUUGAAAAUUUCACUGGCACACCACCCACAGAAGAAUAUAGUCCCUGUAGGAUACAGAUUGAAACACUCAACAAAUAUGCCGUACUGGUCAUCUAUGCCCUGGUCUUCAUGCUGAGCCUGCUGGGAAACUCCCUGGUGAUACUGGUUGUCUUAUACAGUCAGGUCAGCCGAUCUGUCACUGAUGUCUAUCUGCUGAACCUGGCCAUAGCUGACUUGCUCUUCGCCCUGACCUUACCUAUCUGGGCUGCCUCCAAGGCAAAGGGCUGGAUCUUUGGCACAGCCCUUUGCAAGGUGGUCUCUUUUCUGAAGGAAGUCAAUUUCUACAGUGGUAUUUUACUACUGGCCUGCAUCAGUGUGGACCGCUACCUGGCCAUUGUCCAUGCCACACGCACGCUGACUCGGAAGCGGCACUGGGUCAAGUUCAUAUGCUUAGGCAUCUGGGCCCUGUCCUUGCUCUUGGCCCUGCCCAUCUUCAUAUUCCGUGAGGCCAUCGAGCCCCCCUAUUCCAGCCCAGUCUGCUAUGAGGACAUGGGUGCCAAUACUGCAAAAUGGCGGAUGGUGUUGCGGGUCCUGCCCCAGAUUUUUGGCUUCCUCCUGCCCUUGAUGGUCAUGCUGUUUUGCUAUGGACUCACCCUGCGCACGCUGUUUGAGGCCCACAUGGGGCAGAAACACCGGGCCAUGAGGGUCAUCUUUGCUGUCGUGCUCAUCUUCCUGCUCUGCUGGCUGCCCUACAACCUGGUCCUGAUCGCAGACACCCUCAUGAGGCUCCAGGCGAUCAAAGAGACCUGUGAGCGCCGCAAUGACAUUGGCCGGGCCCUGGAUGCCACCGAGAUUCUGGGCUUCUUCCACAGCUGCCUCAAUCCCAUCAUCUACGCCUUCAUUGGCCAGAAGUUUCGCCAUGGACUCAUCAAGAUCAUGGCCAUCCAUGGCCUCAUCAGCAAAGAGCACUUGUCCAAGGACAGCAGGCCUUCCUUCGUUGGCUCUUCUUCAGGGAACACUUCUACUACCUUCUAGGCUCCUGCCCCUGUUGCAGCCCCUCGGGGCUCCUCCCUUGCCAUCAGCACCCCAUUCUAAGCCUCACGCCCACUGGCUGUCCACAGUCUCUAUGUCAAGGCAGCCCCCGUUGUGGUUACAGGAAGUUACUGGGGUCACAUCCUUAUCAGGCCCUCCUUGUUUGGUUGAGAAAGCCUGCCCUGCUGCCCCUCCCCUUACUGUAGUUGCUAUGUCAGCUGCUAGAGCUCAGUCCAUCCUACCACUGAGCCCAUAGCACCCUGUCCCCUGAGACACUUAAAGACAUUUAACAGACAUUCUUUUAAGUGACUACAGAAAGUUCCCACCAUUGGGAGCCAUUAGUGGCAAACAGCAUUGGUUGCUGCCCCAACUCUCUCUUUCUUGCCUGUCAGCAAAGUCCAGUUCCCUUGAGAGAGGCCAAAAAGGACAGGUACUCCUUUCUAAGACUCCUUUUUGCUUGGAGUGGCCUUAUCGUUCACUUCUGACUAAUGAGAUUUAAGGGCAAUAGUGUGCUGGUCAACCACUGUCCUGGGGAAAAAAAAGUCCUGAUUUGUAGCAUUUGCCAAGUUGCCUGGUGUAAAUGCUCCACCGUGGCGAUGUCACGGGUGGUGGUGUUUAGCAACCAGCUCACAAAAAUCUAGGAAAUGUAAUGAUCUGCUUUCACAAGCAGGUACAAACUGGCUUCAGUGCACCAUUGCUUAAGAGGAAGUCUGCCGGGACUGGAGGACUCCUGGGAAGUACUCCUGAUUGAACAAAGAAAGAGAGGGGCACCUGGGCCACCUCAGUUAAGCAUUUGACUUUUGAUUUGGCCUCAAGUAAUGAUCCCAGGGUAUGCCGGGCUCAUGUCAUGGAUUAUUUGGUUAAGAAAUGAUCCCAAGGUCAUGGGAUCAAGCCUCAUGUUGGGCUCUGCACUGAGUGUGGAGCUUGCUUAAGAUUCUCUCUUUCUCUGUCUCUGCCCUUCUCCCCCACUCACACACACUCUCCUUCUAAAAUAAAAUGAAAACAAUUUAAAAAAAGAAUAAAGAGACACACACACACAUCCUUGGUUCUUGCCUUUAAAUAUGGUUGUAGGAUAUGAUGUGACAAAAAGUCAAAAAGUGUGCCCAACAUACUUAAGCAGAUGAAGGUAAUGGAUAAAGAAGACCUAGAAUAAAGAGUCCAGAAAGAAACCUAAGUCAGCAUAAAUGGUCAAAUGGUUUUCGAUAAGGGCACCAAGACUCUUCAAUGGGGAAGGGAUAGUCUUUCAACAAAUGGUGCUGGGAAAACUAGAUACCUACAUGCACAAGAAUGAACUUGAUCUCUUUCCUUACACCUCAUACAGAAGUUAAUUCAAAAUGAAUCAAAGACCUAAUAACAAAAGCUGAAACUAUAAAACUCUUGGAAGAAAACAUAAAGGAAAAGCUUCAUUUGGUUUGAGGUUGGGGGUGGAGAGAUGUUCAGAGAUGGGGUUUACAUCAAGGUUGAGUUUGGAAUCAGGGAUGAGGUUGGAGUUGGGAGGUGAUGUGGUGGGGAGCCAGGGAUGGGGUGGCAGUUUGGAACAAGGCAGAAGAUCAGAGAAGGAUGAAAAUUAAGGAUGGGGGAAAUCCAGAACAGGGAGAAAUUGGGGAUGAGAUUGAGGGAGGUUCAGAUGGGCUUGGGAGCAGGUACAGAAUGAGGUGUAGGAAUGGGAUGAGUGUGGGGGGGGGUGUGGUGAGUCUCAGGGAGAGAAGUCAGAACUGGAGUGAAUGCUCAGGGGCUACUAGUGUAGUCCAAUUAGUGGUUGGAGCAAAAAGACAUCCUUGGGAGAGUGACCAUUUUCUGGGGAUCAUUGUCUACAAUGCUUUUCUGGGGGCCAGGAUGGAGGUGACUUGGCCUAUCCAGCUGGGGUUCUCCAAGGCGGUUGAUGAGAAAGGAGUUAGGGCUCAAGCCCUAGGGGAUAGAGAGAAGCCAGACGAAUGCAGAAACCCAGGGAGGAAGGCUGGAUACUGGGCAUGGGAACCUCCCCUUCCUCUCCUUCCCUCCCUCCCUCCCUCGCUCCCUCCCUCCCUCCCCUAAUGCCCUUCUGCCUUCUCCUCCUGCCUGAUUAAAUGCUUAUCGUCCUUCAUUCUCUGCUAUUCCAAAGACCGCUCCAUCAGGGCUUUAGUAAGUAAAUAUGGAUCCAUAUUGGGCCUGAGGAAAUACAAAUGACUAAUACAUAUCUGAAAACAUGCCUGGCCUCGUUAGUAACCUGGGAAAUGGGAAUCAAACAGUAAUAAAAUAAUUUGGAAGUGUCUUAAAUAGGAAGGGAUAUACAGUGGACUCUCCAACAACACUGGUUUGAAUUGUAUGCAUCCACUUAUAUGAGGAUUUAAAAAAAUAAAUACAAUACUAUAAAUGUAUUUUCCUCCUGAUUUUUAAAAAUUUUUAAAUACAAUCCACAUGAGGCUCACACUCAUGAUCCUAAGAGUAAGAGUCCCAUGCUCUACUGACUGAGCAAGCCAGGCACCCCGUCAUGAUUUUGUUUUUUAAUGUUUAUUUAUUUAUUUUGAGAGAGAGAGAGAGAAAGAGUGAAGGCAAGUGGGGGAGGGCCAAACAGAGAAGGAGAGAGAGAAUCCCAAGUAGGCUCCACACUGUCAAUGCAGAGCUCGAUGCGGGGCUCAAUCUCACAAACCGUGAGAUCAUGACCUGAGCUGAAAUCAAGAGUCGGACGCUUAACCGACUGAGCCACCCAGGCAUCCCCUCCAUGAUUUUCUUAAUAACAUUUUCUCUAGCUUAUUUUAUUGUAAGAAUACAAUAUGUAAUACAUAUAACAUACAAAAUAUGUGUUAAUCUACUAUUUAUGUUAUUGGUAAGGCUUCCAGUCAACAGUACGCUGUUAGCAGUUAAGAUUUUGGGGAGUCAAAAGUUGCAUAUAGAUUUUUGAGUGCAAGGUGUGGGGGUGGGGUCAGUGUCCCUAACCCUGUGUCGUCUAAGGGGCAACUGUACUCAGAACUCCUUCCAAACAAGGGCAACAUUGUUCAAUUAGAUUUUCAAUGCAGUGUAAUUCUCUGGGUAUAGCUCAAGACAUAAAUAAUUUGCAUUUCAAAUCUGUAGCAAUGUCAGAUGUGGGUACUAAAAUAACACAGUAUACUGAAAUAUCAAAAACGAGUGUUUAAACCACUAGGUAGGAUAAGGAUUAGAUACCUGGUCAAGGUCAGGGAGAUGGUUCGCCUCAGAAAGGGCUUAGUGUCCAGGGUGAGGCUGGGAUCAGAGACGGGGUGCAUCUUAGGAGGGGACUGGGGUGUCAGAGAUGCUAGAGAGCCAGGGAUGGGGCUAGGUUAGGGUUGAGGGGAACAUCAGGAUAGAGUGGGGGACAGGGAUUGGGAUGUGAAUGUAUGUUCUGCUCGAUGCUUGCUAAUUUUAAGUUUUGAAAAUUUGUCUUGGGGGUACCUGGCUGGCUCAGUGGGAAGAGCAUGUGACUCUUGAUCUCAGGGUCAUGAGUUCAAGUCCCACAUUGGGUGUAGAGAUUACUAAAAAUGAAUGAAUGAAUGAAUGAACUUAAAUAAAUAAAGAAUAUCAAGUUUAAAAAAAAAUAAAGAGAAUUUGUUUUGUAGGCUUGGUUAAAAUUUUCCAGCCUCCAUGUAAUUAUGUUGAAAUACACUAUUUUUCCCUACCCUAGUUACACUUCUGACCGACCAUGGCCCCAUCACCAUCCCUUGCCCUCAGUUCUGUGGCCCGUUCUUACCAGUUCCAGCAAAAACAUUAAUUGAUAGUCUGGGCUUUAUUCGAAAGGGGUUUAAGAUGACCCCUUUCUGUGCAACUUUCAUUCGAACUAGCGUCUUUCAGAGGCUGAAAAUUCUCGU